GUGCUCGUAAUCUUACUUGCGUCUAAUCUCCGCUGCAAUGGAGUUCUAGUCGUUCUGGCCAUCGAAAGGGCUGCCACUCUAGGUUCCUGUUGAGCCACAGGUUGACUCUCUGAAUCAUUCGCUGGAUGUAUGUCUCAAGAGCCUUGGUGCUAUGCCGAUGCGACCCGGACCUAUCGGGAUCUCUAGUCGAUUGAGGAAAGAGCAGUUGGCAGCGCUUCCACAAAAUCCAGUGCUCCUUCCGUAUCUGCAGCGACGUGCAACACGAUCGAAGUAGGCUUACUUGUGCCGACAUCCGUCGCCUCAACUCCCGUUCUUAUCCUUCCACCUGACUUGAAGUGUUGCUCUUCCAGCUCUAUCAACGCUGCUCCUGAUAUUACGUACGUGGUUUGACUGCCAACAAGCAUCGUUAUCAUGAAGCUCAUACUGCUCAUCACCGCGUUUUCCGGCGCUGUCGCCUCAGCUCUGCCCCGCCUCAUCAUCUACCACCAAACGACACACGACUCAGUCGGAAGGCCGAUCUCAGUCCUGCCGCUCAUCAACAAACAGCACAUCGCCCUGACCCACCUGGUCAUCGCCGCCUUCCACGUCAACUCCAACCGCACCGUGCACCUCAACGACUUCCCCCACCGCCACGCCGUCUUCCAUACCCUCUGGAACGAAACCCGCAUCCUACAAUCCGCCGGCAUCAAGGUGUUGGGCAUAGUAGGCGGCGCCGCGACCGGCUCCUUCACGGAGAGCACCCUAGACGGCAACGCCUCGGCAUUCGAGUCGGCCUACCACCCUCUCUACGACGCCAUCGCCGCCCACGACCUGGACGGCAUCGACCUCGACGUUGAAGAGCCCAUGACUCAGCAGGGCAUCACCCGCCUCGUCAGACGCCUGCGCUCCGACUUCGGCCCGGACUUCAUCAUCACGCUCGCGCCCGUCGCUGCGGCCCUCACCGGGUGGGGGAACCUCAGCGGCUUCGACUACGCAGCGCUCGAGCGCACGGUCGGGCGCGACAUCGAGUUCUACAACACCCAGUUCUACAGUUCUUUCGGCAGCAUGGCGAGCACCGCCGACUUUGACGAGAUCGUCGAUGCCGGUCCCGUCCAUGGCACCGGGUUCGUGCCGCACGAGACGCUCCGGAGCGUCAUUGCUGCCCUAAUGAGGAGAUACGGCGUGAUCGGGGGCAUCAUGGGGUGGGAGUACUUCAACGGUGUUCCGGGCGGGGACAAGCAGCCCUGGAAGUGGGCGGAGGCGAUGACGGCCGUGCUGAGGCCCAAGGCCGUGCCGGUGUUGGCCAUCACGCGCGAGAUGGCGGAGAGGCUGCGCGAAGCAUGGAUCUUGAGCGCCGCGGCCGGAAAGGGAGAAUCAUCCAAGGGUGCUGCUGACAGGACUGGCGGAUCGGAAACCGCGGCCUCGGUGAGGUCGCUGCCGAAUAUUGACUACUUGAGCAUGGUUACUGCUUAG